AUGACCAAAUACAUAUCGCCUGAAAUACAAAACGAUAUAAUAAAAGCUACAUCAAAGCUUGUAUUACAAUUAAUAAUAAAUGAAGUUCAUAUUGGAAGCCAGAUAUUUAGUUUAAUUGUAGAUGAGGCUAGAGAUCAGUCAAAAACUGAACAAAUGAGUAUUUGUAUUCGAUAUUUGCACAAUUUAAAAAUUAAAGAAAGAUUUUUAGGUUUUGUCGAAUUGAACGAAUUAAAUGCUCAAGCACUGUGUGAUGGCAUAAUAUUUUUUUUAAAUAAUGUUGGUUUGGAUAUUUCAAAUUGUGUAAGUCAAUCAUAUGAUGGCGCGUCAGUAAUGUCCGGAGCUUUUUCUAGUGUUCAAACAAAAAUAAGGGAAUUAGCGCAAAAUCCGUGUCCGUAUAUUCAUUGUCAUGCUCAUAGGUUAAACCUAGUGCUAGUUGAUGUAACGAAAAAUAUUCAAGAAGUAGAUGAAAUACUUGGUUUAUUAGAAGCUAUUUAUGCAUUCCAAUCGGUAUCUACAAUUCGCCAUCAUGCUUUUUUAAAAGAAACCAAGUAUAAAGUACCACAACAUUGUGAAACAAGAGGAAGUACUAAAAAACAAGAAGCUGCAGAGGCAAAAGAAGUGAAAAAAUACAAAGUUGGAUUUGAAGAAUUAACAAAAAUUAUUGAAAAUCUUUUGGUAGUUCCAGUAUCUAGUGCCUCAGCAGAAAGGAGUUUCUCGACGAUGAAAAGAGUAAAAACAUAUUUAAGAUCAACGAUGACAAGUAGCAGACUAAAUAAUUUAACUUUGCUGUCAAUUGAGAGAGAAAUAAGUGGAAAUUUUAUAGAAAAUCCAUCUGCUAUUCUACCAAAUACUUGA